AUGUUGUGGUUCGAUAUCAGCUAUCAGAUCUAUUCGUCCAGCUGUAUGCUCUACCGCAAGCCCCUCGUAUCGCAAAACCGAUCUUCCUCCUUCACGCUCCGAGAGCCCCUCCCGCUUCUACACACGCACCGCAUUCAAGCUCUCCAGCCUUUGGCAUUGCUCGACCCAGACCCGCCCAUCAGCCCCCAUCCUGCCCCCGGAGCCUUAAACAACGCCCCACACUACGGGCCUACCUGCUUCGGCAGCAGCAAGAAGUCACAGGUUGAUGGGGGCCUGGUUAUCCUCACUGGCUAG